UUAGAUUCUAUGCCAGCAUCUAUGAUAAAAGAAUCAGACCCCUUAUACUGCUUAGAACUUCCAAAAUUGAAUGAUUGCAGUAACGAGAGUGGACCUUACUUAUUACUAUGUUGGGUUAAUAUUCUUGUUGUUGAAGAUCAAUGUUCAAGAUUUGGAAGUGCUUAUACCAUGCAAAUAUGUCGUGAAACAUCCUAUAAGGACCUUCAAAAACUUUUAUUGAAAGAAAUGGCAGUGAUGUUACAUGAUGAUAUAUUAACAACUGAUCAAGAAAUACCAUUAUUUGGUAUUCGAUUGGCUGAUGCAAGUGAUUUACCUCAGUAUUUAGAUCCAACUGUUGAAUUACCUCUUUUUACCGAUCCAAUUGAUCAAGCAUUAGCUAUGUCUGGGGAUCAGCCUCAUAUAAAAUUAAUUCUUGAAUGGAGUCUCCAUGCUAAGGAAGUAACAAUUGCUGAUCAUUGUGAUCAAGUUGAAGAGCAUGCCAGUGUAAAACAGCUAAAAUUAAAUUCAGAAAAGGGAACAUCUAUCACGCUUGAACAGUGUUUUGAUUUGUACACAAAAGAAGAGGUAUUAGGUCCAGAAAAUGCUUGGCAUUGUCCUCAAUGUAAUCUUAAACAAGAAGUUGUGAAAAAACUUGGAUUAUGGACUUUACCUGAUAUUUUAGUGGUUCAUCUUAAAAGGUUUAGACAAUCUCUUUCGCUACCGUCAUCGCGACAGCACAAUAACAGGCAACCAACAAAACUUUCUGUACUUGUAGAUUUCCCUUUGUUUAGUUUUGAUAUGACCCCACAUUUAGCUAUAGGUCGGGAUGUUAGGGUACCAUUGAAGCCUCUAGCUUCUCGUCGGUUAUCUUCUAUACAGGAUCAUAACCUAUAUGAUCUUUAUGCUGUAUGCAACCAUCAUGGAUCAGAUCCUCAUAGUGGACAUUAUACUGCAUUUUGCAAAAAUCCAUAUGAUAAACAAUGGUACAGUUUUGAUGAUACUAAAGUUACACCAAUACCUGAUACUUCUCUGGUCACGACUUCAGCAUACAUGUUGUUUUACCAACGACGAGAUAUGAUUCUCAAUAAUUCUGACCAUUGGGCCACAAGGUUACAUGCACACAUAUCAAAUAGCCAUUCAGUUGGACAAAUAGUUGAUAAUAUAGGUAAUUUAUUAACUAAUUGAAACAUGAUUUCUAUUAAACAUUAAUGAGGAUAAAAAUAAACAUUUUGUAUUCUUUGUAUAUAGAAAUAUGCUACCUCUAUUUUUUUAUUCUAUGUAAAAUCAUUAUACUUAUGGUACAAUUCCAUUUAAUAUUUGAGAAACUUCUCUUUUAAAUUUAGUAGUGAUGGGUCGAACCCUUAUUUUUUAAAUCGAACCGAACUUGAACUGAACUUUAAAUAUUUUUUUUU